UGCAAAAAAUUAUAUAAAUUUCUUAUUUCUGAUGGUAGAAAACUAACAAUGAACCACCGAAGAAAGUUCGACCAAAGGUAAUAAAUUGUGGAAAAUGUGAAGCAUGUUUAAGAGAAAGUGAUUGUGGAGAAUGUAGUCAUUGUCGAGAUAAACCUCGUUUUGGUGGUCCAAACAGAAUAAAGAAGAAAUGUCGACUGAAAAUUUGUAUUAAAAAUUUGAAAACACGAAAAACUCCACUAUCAUCAUCACCAUCAACACCUGUGACGACAUCAUCUACUCCAUUAUCAGCCAUUACCAUGCAAACUCCUUCACCUCUAUCAUUACAUAUAGAUGAUGAUGAUUUACUCUCUGAUCAAGCAAAAAAGAAAGGUUUUGGAUGUGGAGAGUGUCCAGGAUGUUUAAGAAUUGAAGAUUGUGGAGAAUGCCAGACCUGUUUGGAUGAAAAACAUGCCAGACCUAAUAGUCCUAAAAAGAAAUGUCUUCUUAAGGAAUGUGAAAUGAUUUCUGGUGAAAGAGUUUAUCAAGUUGAAAAAGUUUUAGGAAAGAGAUUUCAGAACGGUCGUUUGGAAUAUUUACUUAAAUGGAAAGGUUAUCCUAAUUCUGAAAAUUGUUGGGAACCAGAAGAAAAUAUUUUAAGUCGUGAUCUAAUUGAAGAAUUUGAAAGAUCUAAUCAAAUGGAGAAUGAGGAUUCUGUGACUGAAAAAGCAAUUCAAUUACCUGAAAAGCGUCAAUGGGAAGAUGAUUCUGAUCAAGAGGCAAAAAAAAUUAGACUUGAUGAUGAAGCUGUUUUAUCAGAAACAGAUUUGGAAGAGUUGCAGGAAUUUGGUUCCAAUAAAGAUCCUCUGCUGGAAGCAUUGGGACUUCAAAAACAGAGUGAUUCCGAAACACCUACAUCUCCUAUGUCAGAGACGAGGAAAAAGCGAACAAGCAAACAAGCAGCAAUGAAUUUAAUAAAAAGUGUUUGUGGUAAGAAAAAACGAGUUGUUGUCGAAAGCCCAAAACAAAAGUUAUGGGAAGUUAUGGAUGAUGAAUCCUCAUUUAUAGAUCAUACUAAAGCUCAAGAUGUAGAUGACGAUAGUCCCGAGUUGACAACAUCAGUAUUAUACAUACCAAAACCCGACGAACCAGGAAAAUAUAUUCUAGUCAUGGGAGAACAGAAACAACUUGACAUGUUGGAAAAAGCAAAUUUAAAUCCAAAAGUAAUUUUAGGGCCAAAAUCAAAAGAAGUAGAAGAGGCUGAAAAUGACUUGAAUGUUUCUACAAAAGUUUCUUCUGACAAAGAAAAUAGUUCAUUGAAUGAAUCGAAAAACUUAGAAGAUAAAUAUGAUGAAUAUGAUUUCAGCCUAGAGGAUGAAUUACCUCUAAAGAAACCAUUACAUGAAAAAAGUGAACAACCUACUACUGAAACUAAAAAGAAAAGCAAAUCAUCUAAACAAGAUAAAGACAGUAAUUCUUCAGUUGGAAAAUCACCAUCAAGUAAACGUAAAAACAAACAAUGCAAGGAAGAAAGUCUUGCAAUUCUUCAAAUGAUGAGUGAUAUAUCUGAGGCUAGAGCCAAUACUCGAAAUAUCUCUAUUGAUGAAACUGAAGUUCUUAAACCAAAUAAAGGAACAAGUGGAAACAGUAUAGUAGAGCAGUCUUCUGAAUCACCUGUUUCCACAUCUAAUAAUAACGAUUUACUUUCGACUGCUCUUACUAUAAAAAGAGGACCUGGAAGACCACCAAAAGUUCCCAGACCAUAUUUAAUUCCUCUGACUGGUAACCCACCAUUACUUCAAGUUGUUAAUGAUAAAUUAGUUCCAGUGAAAAGAGGACGUGGUCGACCUCGUAAAAGUGAAUCACAGCUUUUAUUAAAGGAUAAAGGAUCCAAAGUAGAAAGAAUUGUAACAUUAGUAGAUAAAGAUGGUAUACCCGUUUCUAAAAUUAUCUCAAAUGAUGAUGAUAAAAUUCUUUCUGGUCGUGCAUCACCAGUAAAAGAAAUGGCUAUUGAUAUACUUGUUGACACCACAGGAAAUUUAACAAAAGGAAAGCCACGAAAAAAUGUUGACGAUGAUAGCAUGUAUGAUGAGGAACCAGACAGUGAUGGUCAGAGUGGAUCUAAAUCUGACACAGCUUCUCUAGAAGGUAGUUCAGAAAAGUUUUCUAGUAGAAAGAAAGUGAAAUCUCCAACUCUGAUUCGUAAACAAGAAACUAAUCUUUCUAAAAUAAAGAAAAAUAGGGUUUUUGUAGUCAUGCCUGAUGGAACUAUGGUAGAAGUUAGUGGAAGUGAUCGCCAAAAAGCAAUUGCUCGUGCAACAGCCAAAGUUGAAGCAAUAAAUAAAGGAGAAAAAUCUAAAGAGACAUCCAAGAAAAAGGCUGAUACUCGUCCUUUAUUGGAAGAAUGUACUUUAGAUAUUGAUGAUUCCGGAACACUAAAAUUACCAAACACUAUACAACUAGUUGAAAGUGAAUUGCCUUUGGGUGAAGCAGAAAAUGCUGAAAAAUUAAUUGGAAUGUAUCUGUUUCGUCAAGUGUAUUCGCCCAACGAUCCAACUUUGCAGUGUUUGUUUUGCCGGGGAAAAUAUACACUUCGUUUUCCUGUUGAUUUGGAAAAGCAUUAUCAUGUCGUUCAUGAAUUGGCUGUACAGAGUUGGAAAGCGGAAUUUAGUGAAAAUAUUGUGUUUGUUUGUGUACCGUCAGACGUAACAGAAGAUACAACUUUAAAUUCUGCUUGCCGAUUCUGUGAAGUCACUCUUAAGACAUUGUGCGAAGUUCGAGAGCAUUAUCCUUCUUCUCACGAAAAGAUUGUGAGACUUGUACCCGAGUCAGCAGUCACUGAAUUAGGGAAUUCUUUUUAUUGUAGUAUAUGUUCCUGUGCAUCGGAAGAUUUUGUCACUCAUCAUAAACAUAUGAAAAGUGUUCAUCGAAUGCAGACAUAUGUUUGUCGUUACUGUAAUUAUUGUACUUCCCGUCCAAGUCGUCUUCGAACUCAUGUUAAACAGCGUCAUUUACAAGAACAACCAGGUCCUCACUUGCAAUGCUCAGUUUGUUCUGUUUAUGUUCAUGGGAAAGAAAGACUGAAUAAACACAUACUGUUAUCACAUGCAGUUCAGACAGGUCCACAGAUCUGGUCAUGUGCUAAAUGUCUUCAACCUUGUGGAGAUGCUAGAGAUUUGAUGGGUCACAUAUCUAACUGUCCUCUUAUUAAUUGUGAACAGUCUCCUCAAGAGAAAGAGACUGCUGUUACAAACUCAAAGUCAACAUUAUUUUACAAGUGUAACAAUUGUUCAUUAACAUUUUCUUCAGAAGAAGAUAUUAAGAAACAUAUGGCUGAUGGUAUUCAUGCUCCACCAGAAGAAAUAAUAGGACAGUUACCUCAAGUAGAAAAUGGUGAAAGUUCUGAUGAUAAUAUAUGUUUCAUAUGCUGCAUGAGAUUUACUAGUCGUAAUCAAUGCAACCAUCAUCAGCAUCAUGUGCAUAUGAGAUGGGUAGACAAGAAAACCAUUGACUAUUCAGAGGAAGAAGGCUUUCCUGCUCAAAAUGAAGAUGAUUUAAUGGAUAAUCCUUCAAACGAAAAUGCUGCAGUAAUCACUCAAGAAAUUUUAUCUCAAGAAAUAAAUAAAAAUGAAUCUCAAGAGUUAGACACAUUAAAAGAAAAUAAUUCACAAGCUUUGUCUUUAGAAGGCAUUGAAGCAGACAGUCUUUUACAACAAGUAAAUGAAGAUAGUCAACAACUUCCGAAUGCUGUAGAAAAUAAUAAAGAUGACAUGAAUAAAAGUUCAAUUGCAAAUGACAGCAUUAUACAAAAUAAUAAAAGCAUUGUUGAAGAAGAAGAUAAAGAAAAGAAAAAUUUGUCAGAAAGUACAAAAUUGAGCCAAGAUGAUGCAAAGGAUCAAAAUGCGAGUAUUAAAGAAGUGCGCAUGUGUGAUCUUCCUACCGAUAAUCAGUUGGCAGAAUUGGGAUUUCCUGCAAAAAUUGGACAUUAUUGCCAUCUGUGUGAUGCUGUAAUUAAAAGCUAUGCUCUGUAUUAUUUGCACAUGCAUAAUUUACAUGAUUUGGAAAAGAGAUUUCAGUGCAUUAUUAGUGCGUGUGGUCGCACAUUUCGAAACACAGCAGCUUUUCAACGUCAUGCUAUGCAACACAAUCAAAAAUCUGAAAGCUUCUGUAGUAUGUGUGAUAUGGUGUUUGGAGACAAUGAAGUUCUUCAAGAACAUUUACUAAGUCCUGAACAUGCUAAUAAAUAUAUGAAAGUACAGGAAAAAUAUAACCGGACGGAACCUCGAAAUUACCGAUGCAAAGUCUGUCACAGUUGGUUUGGUCUGUUCGCAACAUUUGUCAAACAUAUGGAGACUGAAAGUCAUCAAUAUCAGUGUCAACAUUGUGGACUUUUAUUUGUCCAACCAGGACCGAGACGAAAUCAUAUUCAGAGUAUACAUCCAGAGUUAGCAAAUGUCUGUGAGAUAUGCGGUUCAAAAAUGCAGAGUUCUCAAGCUCUUUGGAGCCAUUUAUCCUCACAUAGUAUUGUGCAUGAGUGCCAGAAAUGUCAUAGACGAUUUUUACAGAGAGAACAACUGAUGGCUCAUAUGGAAGUUCAUGCUCCACCAACUCCUUGUCCUUGGGAGGGAUGCAAUCGAAAACUUGCAACAAAAGUUGGAUUAUACAAUCAUUUAAGGAUGCAUCGUGGAGAUACAGAUUACAAAUGUAGCAUUUGUACUAGAGGAUUUUUCAAGAAAAAGUCAUUAGAAUCUCAUAUGAAGACACAUGAUGAAAAUCGUGAUGGGAAAUCACUAAUUAUAGGAAUGAGAAAUCAAAGUAGUGCUACUGAAUGUCAGCAACAAGCCCAGUUACUUCAAGAUGAUAGUGAACAACUGACAGCUAAUGUUGAAUUAGUUCAGCUUAUCUGUGCAGGGUGUUUGAAUGGAUUUGAUUCAGAAGACCAGUUUGCAGCUCACAUUUGUACUGGUCAAGCCGAUGUUCAGGAUCAAACUCAGACAAUUGUAACAUCUGGAACUGAUUUAAUGGAUCAGCACCAUCAGCAGAUAAUAGUCCAGACAACACCAGGAAUAAGUACUGCUGAAGAAAUUAGUAUUGCAGCUGCGCAACUUGUUACGGCUGCUCAAGAACUUUCUGGAACAGCCACAGUAACAUUCAGUUCUCACGAAGAUAUUACUGAUCAGCUUGCGAGAGCUGUGGCGGAAGCAACACAUCCUGGUAGCCAAGUGACUGUAACUAUUGGAAACUCUGGCAUGGGUGUAAACACAGCAUUAAAUGUUAAUUCCCUCACUUCUCAAUCAAAUAAUGUGCAAUUUACAUCGGAAGUUAGUGAUAAUAUCUUUAUGCAGGAAAAUGUUGUUGAAGAAAAUCAGUUACAAGAAGAACCUACAAACAUUACAGAAUCGUCAGAACCACAACCUGGUGGGUUUCCUUCUAAUUCAAACCCACCUUUAAAUACCAAUUUAACUGAGGAGACCCAAAGUGUAGUUCCAGUCCCAAUGGAAACAGACGAAAACAUACUCAGUUCUAGUGGUGUAAAUAAUACUUUAGAUACUGAUCAGAACAUAGCAUUUCAGCAAGAACUCCAGACACAAGAAGAAGGUACAACAUAUGCAGUAACAGAUCAGUCAGAGACACAGAAUGUUGAACAUAUUCCUGAAGAAUCGAGUGAAGAGAUUUGUGGUAAUAACUCUCUACCAAUGGUUCAACAAGAUCAAACAAUGGAAGAAGAGAAUCCCAUCGGAAUGGAAAUAGAGGAUUCUGAAAAUCAAGUUGCAGACAUUGUAAUGAUGGUACCAGAUGAUCAAGGAGGAGACUCCCAACAAAUUCCCGUAGAAUUAUCUGGUGAUCAGUCUUAUGGUACAGCAGUACUAAAUGUUCCAACAUCUGAUGGAACUCAAAGAGUUUUAUUGAUACCCAUCAGUUCUACUGAAGGUGGUAAUACUGUUUUAACUUUACCCAGUGGCAUCACUAUUGGUUCCGAUGAUUCUGACAGUGGUAAUAUGACUGUGGCUUUAAAUGCACAGAACACAAGUGAAACUGUUGGAGAUUCAGAACAAACUUUUCUUACCCUAAUGCCAGAGACCGGUGUUGAUGAAAUUUUGGAAAACAAUGCAGACAGUGAACAUUUACAGGAUAGUUCGAUCAUAACUGGGAAUUUAGUGGAAGAUGAGGUGACGACGCACAAUCUUGUUCUUAGUCAGGAUCCAAAUGUUGCAACCACAAUAACAGAUUCUGGUCCGUGAUUAUUUUAAUCAUUACAGUUUACCAAUUUGUAAUGUUAUCAUCCGUGACAUGUUUUCAUAGAAUGACAAUUUGACAUUUCAUCUCAUUUUUGCACUCUGAAAUCAGAAUAAAAAACAAAAAACUGUGAUUUCACUUUCCCACAGAUGUUAUAUAUUUGUGUUUAAAUACUUAUAUCCUCCAAUAUUACAGUAGUUAUAAAAAAUGUUUUUAUAAUACCCUUUGGUUGAAAUAAUGGAGUUUGACCAUAAAAAUUAAUUUUUAAUGCCAGUGUUAAUAUUUUAUAGUAAAAUAUCAUAUUCAACAAUAAAAAUUAAUCAUUAUAUCAAAACAAAAAUAGAUAAAUCUCUCUCUCUCUCUCUCUCUUGAUGUACAAAGACUUCUGUUCUUCUGUGAUUGUAUCGAAUAACUGUAUUUCAGGACCAAAAAUGUAUCUGUCAACAUCGACCAUAGAACUUCAUUUUAAGUUUACUUUGAAGUAUUUUUAAGUCCCAUUACAUUCAUACAAUUGCUAGAUAAUCUGCAAUAUCUGGUUAAACAUUAGUGUAACAUACUAAUGAUUUGGUGUUGAUCCAUAAUUCCAGAAGAAAUUUUUACUGUUGACACCCGCACCUCCAGUCUGAUUUCUGAUACACUCCAAAAAGAUAUACAUCAUCAGGUAACAAAGCGCUUUUAUCCAGCAGGGG